CUGACAUCUUGCUAGCCUCAGACACCUGCCUGGAUGUAGGCGAAGCUGCCUUUGAGCACGGUUUCAGUGAAGCCUCAGGCCUCAACACUUCCACAGGCACUAUAGACGAUAUGAGUAAGUUAACACUAUCAGAAGGCCAUCCUGAAACACCAGUUGAUGGGGAUGCGGGGAAGCAAGAUAUCUGCUCAUCUGAAGCUUCCUGGGGUGAUUUCGAAUAUGAUGUCAUGGGCCAGAAUAUCGAUGAAGAUCUGAUGAAAGAGCCUGAACAUUUCCGCUAUGGGGGUGAUCUUCCAUUGGAAGACGGAACGCUGAAGCAAUCGCUGGCACCAUACACACCCCCCUUUGAUCUGUCCUACCUUACAGAACCUACUGGUGAUACUCAAACAGCCCAGGAAGCUGGGUCUCCAGAUGAUGCAUCUCUGGGGAGUGAUGCAGCAGAGCUGUUACUUUCUGCUCUUCCUGAUCAAAGGGAGGAAAACCACACUGAGACCAACAGCAGGCAGCCUAGACACCCGAUGACUGUGUUGCAUAUUCAUGAAGACCCUGAGGCUCUUUCUUCACCUGUAGGAGGACCGGGUUCCAACAUAGAGUCAUCGCCAUCAAAUAUUGACUGGGAAAUAGAAACAGAUUGUUCAGAUUCACCAGCAGGUGGCGCCAUGAGACCACCAAACGGUGUCAUCAAGGAUAUAGUCGAGUUAGAAGAGAGCGCAAUUCCCACAAAAGGGCCCGAGCAGACAAAAUUAGAGUCCAGUGAAGAUAAAUGGGCCGAGAAAAUCGAAGACCCCCAUGCACUAGCUGUGGGUUACAUACUCGUAAGCCAUGAAAAGGAUUCUCCAUUGAAACCGGAGGCCUGGGAAGCAAGAGAAAACUUACCCGAAUCAGAAAAAUUAUCCAUAGGUUCUGCAGAAACAGAGCUACCAGAAACUCAGUUAGCAGAGGCCCCAGACACAUGCCAGCCCGAGUCUCUAAAUGAAGUCAAAGUUGGUUCUGCAGAGAGAAUGUCUUCCGACCACAAGAAGAGGGCAUCUCCUGAAAGCCCUGCACAAGAGCAGAACUGGAUGGUCUUGGGCCACAGUGAGGUUGCUGAUCUAUCCCCAGAAACAAGGGACCCCGGGUCUGGGUCUCCUGGUAAAACUAUGGAGCAGUUCUUGAGUCUCAGUUUGGACAAGGGCCCCCAGUGCCAGGAUCUGGGAGGAAAUAGGGCUCUAGACACUUUAGCACUGGAGGAAGUCACUGCUUUGAGCAGCCAAUCAAGGAAGAGCAAGAGCCGAGGUCAAGCUGGUCUAGAUGCGGUUCCAGCACAGGCUGCCACCCAGGACAAUGAAUGGGAAAUGCUUUCUCCACGGCUCUCCCAGAAAAAGAAGAUCCCUCCACAGGAAAUGGAGGAGGAGACAGAGUUCCUUGAGCCUAGACUCCGAAAGCCAAGACCAAAUGGAUCCCCGUCGGAGGAUGUGGGAAUGGAUGUCCCCUUCGAGGAGGAAGUGCUGAGUCCCAGUGCUGCAGACAUGAGGCCCGAACCUCCAAAUUCCCUGGAUCUCAAUGGCAGUCACUCUCGGAGAAUCAAGCUCACAGCCCCAAAUAUCAACCUUUCUCUGGACCAAAGUGAAGGAUCGAUUCUCUCUGAUGAUAACCUGGACAGUCCAGAUGAGAUUGACAUCAAUGUGGAUGACCUCGAUACCCCCGAUGAAGCAGAUUCUUUUGAGUACACUGGCCAUGAAGACGCCACAGCCCACAAAAGCUCUGGUCAGGAGUCGGAGUCUAUUCCAGAGUACACAGCCGAAGAGGAGCGAGAAGACAACCGGCUGUGGAGAACGGUGGUGAUUGGAGAGCAGGAGCAGCGGAUUGACAUGAAGGUCAUCGAACCCUACAGGAGAGUCAUUUCUCAUGGAGGAUACUAUGGGGACGGCCUGAAUGCCAUCAUUGUGUUUGCUGCCUGUUUUCUGCCAGACAGCAGCCGGGCGGAUUACCACUAUGUCAUGGAAAACCUUUUCCUAUAUGUAAUAAGUACCUUAGAGCUGAUGGUGGCUGAAGACUACAUGAUUGUGUACUUGAAUGGUGCGACUCCCAGGCGGAAGAUGCCAGGGCUAGGCUGGAUGAAGAAAUGUUACCAGAUGAUUGACAGACGGUUGCGCAAGAAUCUGAAGUCAUUCAUCAUUGUCCACCCGUCUUGGUUCAUCAGAACGAUCCUUGCGGUGACGCGACCUUUCAUAAGCUCAAAAUUCAGCAGUAAAAUUAAAUACGUUAGUAGUUUAUCUGAGCUCAGUGGGCUGAUCCCCAUGGACUGCAUCCAUAUCCCAGAGAGCAUCAUCAAACUGGAUGAAGAAUUGAGGGAAGCAUCAGAAGCAGCUAAAACUAGCUGCCUUUACAAUGACCCGGAAAUGGCUUCGACGGACAAGGAUAUUGACCUGAAGCUGAAAGAGAAGCCAUAGCUGGCGGGCCUGCAGAAGAGGGAUCACUUCCUGCUUCGUGGUCUGCUGGAACAUGCCUACGUGGAAGAGACAGGGCUGGUAUCACCUUUCUCCUCCUUGCACUGCGCGGUGCCAUUGGAAAUGUCCACAGGGCAAAAAAUAGGAAGAGAGUUUGUUCACUGUUAAAAUAUUUUAUGAAAUGUUGUGUAUUUUCCUAUUUUGCCAAUUAUGUGCCUCGACGAUUUGAGUUGAACCUUAGCAAGAAACUAGAACCUUCCAUUUUAAUAUCCUGCUAACCCUCGGUGCAAUGGGACUUGGUUCCUUAGACUGGUUUUUAGCGAAAGCAUAGCCUAACUCCGCUGUUAGACAGAUGGGGAUGCAUGUCUGUAGUUUGGCUGAAUUUCCCUGUACAGCUUGUUCUGGAUUUAAGAUGCCCAGGGCUUGCUUUGUCCCUGGAAUGCGACUCUCUAGAGCUCUAUCUAUGAAAUGUUGAGUCUGAUUGGGACAGACAGUCAGACAGACAUAUGACAUCCUCAUCAGCUAAGGCAUCUGCUCCCUUCCUGUCCACUCGAGUCUUCGUUUAAUUUUUCCGAGGGAGCCUAGGCCUUCUAACACGUGUAAGCUUUACUUUACAUAGCUGUAUGUAAUGGCUCUUUUUCCCUAAUGAUCUUUGGAGACCUUCAUAUCAUGAAAGUUAAGAUGAACAUCGAAUUUUCAGUAGCUAACUAUGCUUCAUGCCACAAAGCCGGUUCAAGCCUUUAAACUUCAACUGCCAACUCCAAGGUGGCCCACUCAAACCUUAUUUGGUAAGGGUAAAUCAUCCAAAAUUAACACGCAAAUGCAUUACAAAGGCAACCUGCUUUAAGAGGUUUACAAUUAAGCGCAAGUAUAUACUAGCCUUCACGAAAUAGUUCCUUUCUAGUUUUCAUAUGCCCUUUUUAUCUGUGGGUCUCUAGAAGAGACUGGCAAGCUAUCCCGAGGGUAGGCCUCCGCUACAAGUGAAGGUGGCUUCCUUCCAUUAGCCAUAUUUAAUCAUACUAGGGUGUUUUACCGAUUUUAGUAACCUAAAAUAAAAUGCUACUGGCACACAGAGGCACGUAUUUGUUUUCAUACUGUCUGAAGCUCCUUUCAAGCCUUCCUCUCCAGAAUGGAGUAGUGACAACAGACAGUUCUCCACAAAAACAAAACACCAUCUUUAGAGGAGUGAAACAAGAAAGAAGAAAGCGUGCUGAUCGCUUUGCUACCAAAUAGACCCAUCCCCCCUUGGCCUCUACACUUUUUGUAUCUAUUUAAACACUUUCUCCAGCUGAGUGGGCAGAAGUGGAUAUAAACUCACUUGUUUUUGUCAAAAAUAUUUUUUCUUUCAAGACACGCUCUCACUGUGUAUCCUAAUUGUCCUAGAACUCACUAUGUAGAUCAAGCCAGACUCAAAGUUGUGGUGAUCCUCCUGCCUCAGCCUCCCAAGUGCUGGCAUUAUAGGGUUGUGCUGUAAAUGUCUGGCCUUGUAGAGAAAAUUUCAGCAUUUAGAGACAGGUAAAUAUCACCUGUGGCUUACUGAGAAAAGCGAGGGGUCCUCGCACAAAAGCAUGCAAGGACCAGACUCAGACUGAAGCCGUCCAGCAAGCUCCUCUUGAGACUCAUUUUCCAAAGUCCCCUGUUACCAAGUAGUGGGCAGACAUCAAGACGAGUGAAGACAGGCCCUGCCUGGUGGCUUUGUUGAGGAGAGUUGUCUACACUCUGUGCCCUGGAGCAGUCCCCUCAGCAGGGAGACUUUGUUGCCCAGGUAACAGGGCUUCUCUGGCUCCAUUUGAUUCCUGUCUGUUUCCAAUCUGGUCUUCCAUCCAAGCUCACACACUAUCCAUGGGCCAUUUCCCUUCUUUUCAUAAGCCUCCACAUGGCCAUUUAGUUUUACCUAUCGAUCCCUUUCAGCUUGGUACCUUUUAGACUUUUGUCUUUUCUUUUUUUUAAAUCUCCUUCCUCAUUACAUUUGGCUAAUUUGAUAGAAAAAAACCAAAUUGAGCUUUCAUAGCAUGCCGUGACCUUUGUAAGCCCAACUCCGAGCAUCACGGUGGCUUGAGGAUCGCUACCCAAUAUUCUGAUCUCCUCACCUGUCUGAUCCAUUCACUCCAUCCUAUCCCAUUAGGAAUUACAGGACCUCAAUGUUCAACUAAGGAAACCUGUAGAGAGUGGACCAUUGAGAAACCAAGCUUUUCACCGCCAAUCAGAUAUGGUAACAGUCCCACCACUUACAUUUUCUCUGAGCUUGUCCAGCCUUUGUAUGGACACUCAGUCAGGUGACAUGACAAGUAAAUUUAGCAUCUUUCACAUAAAUGAUGUUUGGAAUAUCCUGGGCUGUGAUACCAUUCCAGUAUUUAGGCUUGUGCUAUCUUAUCAUCAUCAGAAAAACAGGCUACUUUAAUUGCACGUGCUAGAGAAAAGCUACCACGUUCACCCAAUGAAUAGACUACUGGCAAAUCCCCAAACUAGCCUGUAAACAGGUAGAUAUAACUCUUCCAUUGCUCGGCUCCAGUGCCUGCACCCUCAGCAUUCUUGCUUUGGUUUGGACUGCUGGGAACUCUUUGCACUUUUUCCUGUAGAUCUGUAGGUAAGGGAACACCGAGGGGUCAUCAGGGCCAGGGUGGUGUUUUCACUCUAAGUAGUAGUGACUGUUUAGCUGGCUUUUGACUAAGGGAUGGACCAAAAAUCUGCACAGAAGAUAGGUAAUGAAGAAUGAGCUGUUGAGGGCAACAACUAGGGAUGGAGGAAAGCCCGAAGUUCCUGUUGAAGCCAUACAGUGUUGUAUACAGUUCCUCCCUAGGGCAUCCUGAUGAGCAAGGAAGUCACUUCCCCUUAGCCUCCAUUCUUAGGAUGUAAUCGUGAGGAUUCCUUUAUGGUUCUGCACAACCCUGUCUUAUCACAUGCCCCUGUGGUCUGCUACUUUAGAACUAUCUAGGUGUGCACAAAUUAACAUUUUAUAUAUUGAAAGAGUUUUCUACAUGUAUUGGAUUGCUGAGAGUAAAGUAUAUAUUAGACUUGUUUUGGUAAACAAAUAAAUUCUACCUAAACAGUAUGGAUUAAAAAUAUGAAAAUAUGUAAGAAUAUAUCUAUAUACCCUCGCUGUGUAACUCUGAAAUAAAAUUAGAUUCCACAUUUUGCGGUUUCCUUUUUCAACUUAGUGAAACUCUGUGGUCUCCCUUUGCAGGAGCGUGAUAUCCUUGGCACUUGCCACAGGCAAACUGUCUAUAUUUUGGUUUUCCUGGAAGUCUAAACUAUAUUAUCCUCUUUCUAGCAUCACCUUUCAUGUCUUGGAGUUCUUUGCUCUGUACUUUCAAAAUGUAUCAUUUACUCCUCGGGUAAAGAGCUUCUCGUUUUGGAAGUAUCCUCUUAU